AUGCCUGCCAGGUUCAUGAACCAAUUUGGAGGAGAGAUCUCGGAGAGCAUCGACAUCGAAUCCCCUGACGGUAGUGUUUAUGUUGUCAAGGGCACCAAGUACAUGAACAAGAUGCUCCCCCAGUGUGGAUGGAAAGCAUUUGUCGAUGCCCAUCGCAUAGAGGAGAAUGACUCGUUGCUGUUCCAGCACAUUGAGAAGGCCCGUUUUAAGGUUCUGAUAAUCGAUCCUGAUGGAUGUGAGAAAGUAUUUCCCUGCGAUGGGAUCAGAAUCAGUUCUAGUAACAUCCAAGAACGAGACACAGAUUGUGUUGAUGUUUCAGAUAGGUCCCAUGACCGUGCUGACAAAUCAUCGAGAGUUCGGAAAAGAGUCUCUAGCUGUCAGAGGGAUUGUCCAAGUCAACGUAGAAAAGCUGCAAGGAUUACCACAACAUCAGCCUCUUCGUCUGAGGAAUCAGGACCAGAUUGUGAGGGCACUGAUGAAUAUGAAUGCUCUUCAGGUUUUGAUGUUGAUCCUAAGACAAAUGCGGCACCUGAUUAUGUCUUAUCAUGUAUGACUAUUCUAUCUGAAGAACAAGAGGAGGAAGUAGAUGGACUUAUCAAGGAAAUCCUGCCUGAAACUACUGUAUUUGUGGCUGUCAUGAAACCAAGCAAUGUCAAACGAUACUCUAGUCUCGUAAUUCCUCACCGCUAUGCAUCCGCGCACUUCCCACACACAAGUCAAGUGGUGACGCUUCAGCGGCCAGGCAAGAACAAGAAGUGGCAUACCAAGCUUCAGGUCAGGAAAGACAGAGUUUCCCACGUGUUCAGUGGGCCUUGGUCAAACUUCGUGCAAGACAACCAUUUGCAGGAAGGCGACAUCUUUCAGCCAUUGAAGACUGCUGGCAUAAGGUUCACUAUGAUGGUUCAUCUGAUUCGUCAGUCAAAGGUUGGUGCAUUACAUGAACAUGGAAACAGUCCUAGUCCAGGAUCAGGAGGAGGAACAAGCUCCAGCAGAGGCAGAACAACGAGGGCAAAGGCAAACGAGCCUAAGAUUGUGCACUCAGGUGAAGGCAGCAGAGCAAAGGCGAAGGUGACACCGGUAGCGCGUGUUAAGGAGGAACACGCCGAUCAGGCGCCUUCACCUUGUAAUUGUCAUUUGACUGAUGAUGAGUCAAGCGAUUCUGGUGGACCUUCUAAAGCAGGUCUCUACAUUCUGGCAUCCCAUGCUCAUUUGGGUGAUGAGCAGAGGAAGAAAGUGGAAGACGUAGUUGGCAGCAUCAAGUCUCAAGUUCCCAUUUACGUGGCAGUGAUGAACAAGUCCAAUGUUGCUGCCACCGGCUGCGUCUUAUACUUUGGAAAACAAUAUGCCAGGAAGCACCUUCCAUACGGGGAGCACACCGUGACGCUCGUGAGGAACGGGAAGAGCUCGGCAUGGAAGGUGAAGAUGCAUGCGCAGAUGUUCAGUGAAGGCUGGCGUGGCUUUGUCCGCGACAACCGCCUCAAACUCGACGAUAUCUGCCUCUUCGAGCUGACCAAGGACGAUAUCAAGAUGCUUACAAUGACGGUCUACAUCAUUCUCUAUGUCAACCAUUGUUAG